AUGAUACGAAGGAGCCAGCUUAUGUCUUCCAUAUUUCUGCUCCUUCUGACCGCUGAUGUCGUAAGUCAUGAAAGAUUCAUGGUGAGAAAAGGAGGACGACUAGAGCGUCUGUAUAAACGAACAUUGAACGACUACCGCCAUGCACAACACCAAUAUCGACAUCAUCAUUACAGACACAAGCGCCGUUGCCGCGAGCGAAACGUGCAUACGAGAAUGGGAGAAAUCCUUGCCCAAAUGAACUCAGUUGUUCGACCACGAUUUGGACGUUCAGCGGGAUAUUUUCGUAGUCGCGAAUAA